AUGGGUAUACGAAGCUCUCAUCGACGAGAACGUGCUCACAACUGCGACGGUUUGGCAAGACAACAUGAUGUCUGCCUUGUUGGGUCUUGUGCGCGCCGCCAGCUCUGUCACGAUCCGCAUGAUUGCUAUCCGUCAUCUCAAGAUUAUCUUCGCGUCGUCCACAGUAGCAAGCGCUAUCAACCGCUACGUGCUGAUUUUUUGGAAGUAUUUCAAGCAUGGGCGGCACAUCCGGUGGUGUUGGGCUACAGUGACUACGAGUCGUGGAGGCAUGGAGGCCGUCAUUCGCCUGCUGGUGAGCUAGGACAAGCGCAGUAUCAAGUGCUUUGUACAGACGUGCUUCUGGACCUGAUGACGCUGCGCAGCAUUCGUGACCUGGAGUCGGUGGUGCUCACACGGUUGGUGGAGUCUCUCGGCAAGCUCUCGACUACGCGCUACAUCUGCGAGUAUUUCGGCAUGGACGUACACCACAUGCAGCGUCGGACGGGGCGACAGCUCUGUAGAGAGACUGUAUUUGCUGCUGAGGAGGCUGGCCGUACGUUCACGUAA